AUGAUAACUCUUAAAGAUGAGGAAAAUCUGACACCUUAUGGGGAAAUUUAUGAUUCUUUUCAAGCACAUCUGAAUGCUCCUGUGUGUGCCUCAGGGCAGGUGCACGUCUACGGCGCUGCCAGAAACGAAGAGGUGUCUAUUACAUGUCGUCUUGAUGCCGUACCGCCCGUUGUUCAUUUCUUUUGGCGAUUUAACAGCAGCGGCGACGUAGUCGACAUUGCUGAGAAUCACGUAGCUACACAAGGACUUCAGUCUUCUUUAUCUUAUGUUGCUCGCACCGAGCUGGACUAUGGCACUUUACUUUGCUGGGGAAGUAACACUCUCGGCAGACAAAAGAAGCCCUGUGCUUACAAAGUGGUCGCAGCUGGCAAACCCAACCCACCUGAGAAUUGCACUCUUACCAACCAGACGAGGGAGACUUUGAAGGUGCAUUGCCUGCCUGGUUACGACGGCGGCCUAGUGCAAAAGUUUAUCAUCGAGGUUCAUGAAGCAGAAAGUAAGCGUCUCCUGCUCAACAUUACAGAGAACUCCGCCCCGGAAUUUUCCGUGCGAGGUCUCGAACCUGGGACCUCAUACGUCAUGCAUGUUUACGCUGCCAACGAGAGAGGCUCAAGCCAAAAACAAUAUCUCACCGGUUACACAAUUACAGAUAUAGCGGAGAAACGCACUGCCCAAGUACGUCCUCCUCCCGAUGAACUAGUGUCCGUAACUAUCAUACUGGCGGUGGUAGUUGGGGUGGUUGGUCCUCUAGUACUGGUGGCACUGGUGGCAGUAGUGCUCCUCAACCUCAAGAAUAAACGACGUCCGAAGGGCAAGAUCGUCUCAAUUCCGCUGCAGACGUCCUUAGAUGACUCGUUGGACCACGAAGACAAGAACCCUGAUAUUAUUCCCGCUAACGUGUGUUCAUCUGCUGCAGGCAACGCAGAGGCGGAGAAAACUAGUCCCACAACCCCUGAGGACGGCGGCUUUGGUAGUGUUCAUAUCUGCGCCUCCGUUCCCUAUCCCAGUAGUGUGUACGGCACCUAUCUCAGGACAUCAAGACCCUUGGCAGCCGCCGAGCCUCAGCUACGGUAUUGUGCUUUUUGUUCUUUAGAGAUACAUUGCUGGAACACAGUGAGUGGCUACACUACCCGAUAUGAUAAUAGGAAUUUGGUGAACCUGUAUCGACAGAAUGUAAACAUCACACAAGAGCAAUGCUGGAACACUGUAUUAGAGAAUGUAUAG